CUAAAACACCAAGAUGGAGACAAGCCAGGCACAGAGAUUCUUCUCCGCAUCGCGGCAGCAGCAGAUCUCCUCCUCCCCGCGCCCAGGAAGAAACCCGCGCGCCCCUCGCCGCCACGCCGCCGGAGAUCCCCGCCGUUGCCGCCUGCUCCCUUAUCCCGACGAAAUACCAGGCUAUUACAUCUGUACGUCAAGAUGAUGAUAGGUUUGCUGGCAUUUGAGAACAACCAGGGUCUUUGGAAUGGUGGCUACUAUUCACAGUUUUUUGGAAUUGGAGGAGUUAUGGUUACUGUUGCAAUUCUUUGGUUAUCUACGGGCUAUUUUGGAAUUGGUGCUCCUUUUGCUCCAUAUUUUUGGCCAUACUUGGGACAACUUCCCAAGAAGAAGGAACAACGAAGGCCCGUGCGAGUGUACAUGGAUGGAUGCUUUGACCUCAUGCACUAUGGCCAUGCAAAUGCAUUGCGGCAGGCCAAGUUGUUGGGUGAUCAACUUGUAGUGGGAGUUGUCAGCGAUGAGGAGAUUGUGGCGAAUAAGGGUCCGCCUGUGCUUUCAAUGGAAGAGAGGUUGACACUUGUUAGUGGACUGAAGUGGGUGGAUGAGGUCAUUCCAAAUGCACCCUAUGAGAUCACAGAAGAAUUUAUGAACGCCCUCUUCAAUAAAUACGACAUUGAUUACAUCAUACAUGGAGACGAUCCUUGUCUUCUACCUGAUGGAACGGAUGCUUAUGCGUUAGCAAAGAAAGCUGGACGAUACAAGCAAAUCAAGCGCACUGAAGGUGUCUCAAGCACUGAUAUAGUUGGGAGGAUAUUGCUGACAUUCAAGCAUAAAGCUGUUAAUGAGAAUGCUGGAGCGGAACCAUGCGGUCAAAUGAAAAGUCAGCUAUCCAAUUUUCUUCCAACUUCCCGGCGGAUUGUGCAGUUUUCCAAUGGGCAGGCUCCUUCACCAGGUGCCCGCGUCGUAUAUAUAGAUGGUGCAUUUGACCUUUUCCAUGCUGGCCAUGUUGAGAUCCUCAGAAGUGCUAGGCAACUUGGUGACUUUCUCCUCGUAGGUGUUCAUGAUGACCAGGCUAUCAGGGAAAGAAGAGGCUGUGGUCCUAUCAUGCACCUCCAUGAGCGUACUCUUAGUGUACUUGCCUGUCGCUAUGUUGAUGAAGUUAUAAUAGGUGCGCCAUGGGAGGUUUCGAGGGAUAUGAUCACUACGUUCAACAUCUCAUUGGUUGUGCACGGAACAGUAGCCGAGCGCAGUUCUGCAGGUGAAGUUGAUCCUUACGCCCUUCCAAAGAGCAUGGGUAUUUUCCAAACAGUCACAAGCCCAAAAACUAUAACAUCAGUUUCAGUGGCUACAAGAAUAAUUGAUAACCACGAAGCUUACAAGAAAAGGAACUUGAAAAAGAAGGCAAGUGAAGACAUGUACUACACGCAAAAGAAAUUCGUCUCUGGAGACUAAUGCUGCAAAAGGAGCACAUUUUUGCAGCAAGCUGAGGAAAGCAUGGCGCCUCCAUGAACUGAGAAGAAGUUACUUUACAACGGAAUUUGCAACAUCUGCUCAGCUAUAGGAAGUAGUUAGUGAUAAUUUGAUGGCCAUUCGACAGAGAGAAUCAGCUCAAAGAAUUAAAUUAAAAGGCUGCCACAUUCUUCUAUUGUUGCUGUUUUUCAGCUGGGAUGUCCACUUAACAGCAAGAAUUCACAUACAUGAUUCUAUUUUAUUACUUUGUUAUCCCUGGAGGGGAAAUAUUUAUGGCUGAACACCUUCAGCAGACAAUUGAUGUAUACCUGUAUGUUAUUACUUAGGAGUGUGUGGAGUGAUUAGAGUUUCAUACUUCCUAACUGUACCAAGUUAUACUUGAAAGUACAUACUGCUGAGAAAAAGAACUUAGCGACGAUCAUCUGUUAUUCA